UCGGCACACCAAAAGUAUCUACCUAAGCGACGACAGUCUCAAAUAUAUAAAACAGUUUAAGUUUUUCUAUAUCAGAAGUCAGAUUGGAGCAUUGCGGAAGUGUUACACAAACGACCACGAAAUGAAGUUGCAACUAGUCGCGCUGUUGUGCAGCGUCGUUGUCUUGGCACAAGCCCAAAACUAUCCGCCAAGGCUAAGCAUUCCGGGUGCAAUCGCCUUGCCAGCGCCGGUACCUCAGCGUCAGCAGGUGCUGCGUGUACGUCGUCCUGGAACAACGCUGCGUCAGCAGCAGCAGCAGCAGCAGCAGCAGCUGCACUUGCCAGCUGUCACGCAGCGCAUUACACUGGAGGAGCGACCAGUUACCGAGCCCGCUGAGGAUGAGCAGCCAGAUGCAUUCCUGCCCAGUCUGCUGCGUGAACAGCAAUUAGCUCAGGCGCAACAAUCACAAUUCCAGCAGGCAGCCGCAGCUUUUCUGAAUGGCCAGCAGCCCGUUGAGACGGCCACACCUGUGCAGCAGCUGCUCCAGCAUGAGGACAGCCAGCCGACAGCAAUAUUGCCAGCACCACGUUUCUCAGAGCGUCCCGCGGCAGCCACGCCCAUCAACCGGCCAUCCUUUAAUGACUUUGGCAUCGGACGCUUCGAAAACGCUCAGCGUUUCGAUCUUUCGCGCCCAACUCCUACAGCUGCCGCUGCACCACCUCAGCCACAACGUGUCGCCGUCAUACGCACGAGACCCUCAGCUGCCGUGCGUCCCGAGCCACCAGCACCUGCGCCCGUGCAGCGUCCCAGACCCAAGCCCAUUCAAUCUCGUCCUAUCAUCGAUCAGAAUCAGCUCCAGGACGAACAGCACACGCAGCAACAGCAGCAGCGCCGACAACGUCCCGUCGCCCAAACCAUACGCAAAUGGCGCGAUGAGAACGAGGAUGGAUCCAUAACAUGGGGCUAUGAGAACGACGAUGGCUCAUUUAAGGAGGAGCUCAUUGGCACCGAUUGCGUAACCAAGGGCACCUAUGGCUACAUUGAUCCCGAUGGCAACAAGCGCGAGUACAACUAUGAGACGGGAAUCAAAUGCGAUCCCAAUGCGCGCAACAAUGAGGAGGAUCUGCAAGAAAACGGAUUCAUCAAUUAUGAGGAAAACCGUGCUGUGUUGCCCAACGGCCUGGAGAUUGACAUGGCGCAGCUGGGAAAGAAGAAGUCCAAGCGUCCCAACAGUAUCUACAGAAACUAACCACACACACAUCCAAACUCCAAUUAGCUGUUUAAGUCUAAGAGUUCUUAAGUC